AUGGAGGUGCUUCAGUGUGAUGGCUGUGACUUCAGAGCCCCGUCUUAUGAAGAUCUCAAGGCGCACAUCCAGGAUGUCCACACGGCAUUUCUGCAGCCGACGGACGUUGCUGAAGACAAUGUGAAUGAGUCACGAUCUGGGUCCAUAAAUGCCAGUAACCAGACAGAGGUGGAGUUUUCAUCUAUAAAGGAUGAAUUUGCGAUUGCAGAGGACUUAACAGGUCAAAAUGCAGCCGCCUUGGGGACUGGAAGUUACUAUGGCCAUAGUCCAGGAUACUACAGUCAGCAUAUUGCCCCUAAUCCCAAACCAACAAACAAGUUUUUUCAAUGCAAGUUCUGUGUGCGCUACUUCAGGUCAAAAAACCUCCUCAUUGAACACACUAGAAAGGUCCACGGAGCUCAAGCUGAAGGGAGUUCAGCCGGACCCCCUGUUCCAGGAUCCUUAAAUUAUAAUAUCAUGAUGCAUGAGGGAUUUGGAAAGGUCUUCUCUUGCCAGUUUUGCACAUACAAGUCACCAAGGAGGGCAAGAAUAAUUAAGCAUCAGAAGAUGUAUCACAAAAACAAUUUGAAGGAGACCACUGCUCCCCCCCCUGCCCCUGCUCCAAUGCCAGACCCGGUGGUCCAACCCAUGUCCCUGCAGGACCCCUGCAAGGAACUGCCAGCGGAGGUUGUGGAGCGCAGCAUCUUAGAAUCCAUGGUCAAGCCGCUGACCAAGUCUCGAGGCAACUUUUGCUGUGAGUGGUGCAGCUAUCAGACCCCCCGCCGAGAACGCUGGUGUGACCACAUGAUGAAGAAGCACCGCAGCAUGGUCAAGAUCCUGUCCAGUCUCAGGCAGCAGCAAGAAGGGACGAGUGUGCCUGAGGCACAGAACAAGAACGACCUCAGCCCCACUUCGAACUCCGCCUAUCUGUCCAUGAAUGCUGCCAGCCGCGAGUUACCCAACACUAACGUCUCCAGCUUCAGGGGCUCCAUCGGCAACUCCAUCAUGAGACCCAAUUCUUCUUCCACUUCCAAGUUUUCGCCCAUGUCUUACCCUCAGAUGAAGCCGAAGUCACCUCACAAUUCUGGCCUUGUGAACUUGGCAGAGAGAUCCCGGUACGGAAUGCCCGAGAUGACCAAUUCUGCUGCUGACCUGGAAACUAAUAGCAUGCUGAAUGAUUCCAGUUCCGAUGAAGAGUUAAAUGAGAUAGACAGUGAAAACGGCUUGAAUGCUAUGGAUCACCCGACGGCAGGCAUGUCUGCAGAGCAGCUGAUGGGCUCAGAUGGCAACAAAUUAUUGGAGACCAAGGGGAUCCCGUUUAGAAGAUUCAUGAAUAGGUUCCAGUGCCCCUUUUGUCCUUUCCUCACCAUGCAUCGACGUAGUAUUUCCCGUCACAUAGAAAACAUCCACUUAUCUGGAAAGACAGCCGUCUACAAAUGUGAUGAAUGUCCGUUUACUUGCAAGAGCUCGUUAAAACUUGGGGCUCACAAACAGUGUCACACGGGUACCACGUCAGAUUGGGAUGCUGUGAAUUCACAGAGUGAAGGCAUCUCCUCCUCACUGAAUGAAGGUGUCAUGUCUUACGAGAGCUCAAGCAUCAAUGGCAGGAAGUCGGGGGUCCUGCUGGAUCCCCUGCAGCAGCAACAGCCGCCUCCGCCGCCGCCCCCCCCACCACCUCCUCCAUCACAGCCUCAGCCGCCGCAGCUACAGUCACCCCAUCAGCUGCCACCCCAGCCCCAGCUGCCCCCGCCGCCUCCCCCGCCGCCCGCACAAGCCCCACCCCUGCACCCCUACAAGUGCACCAUGUGUAAUUACUCCACCACGACUCUGAAAGGGCUGCGAGUUCAUCAGCAGCACAAACACUCUUUCUGCGACAACUUGCCAAAAUUCGAGGGGCAGCCCUCAAGCCUGCCAUUGGACAGCGAGACAGACAGCCACCCCUCUUCCAGCAACACUGUGAAGAAAAGUCAGACCUCAAUUCUUGGGUUGUCCUCCAAGAACAAUUUUGUCGCCAAGGCCUCUAGGAAGCUCGCUAACGACUUUCCGCUCGACUUGUCGCCCGUGAAGAAGAGGACCAGGAUUGACGAGAUAGCAAGCAACCUGCAGAGCAAAAUUAACCAAACAAAACAGCAGGAAGAUGCGGUGAUCAACGUGGAGGAUGACGAGGAGGAAGAAGAGGACAAUGAAGUGGAGAUCGAGGUGGAGCUGGACAGGGAGGAAGAGCCGCCGGAGCCCGUCCUCGAGGUGCCCACGCCCUUCUCUGCCCAGCAGAUCUGGGCAAGAGAGGCCCCUGAGCCCCCAAAGGAGCCCAACUUCAGAACUGUUGCCCAUGAUUACAAUGCCACCAAUGGGGCUGAAAUAGAGCUCACCCUUUCUGAAGAUGAAGAGGAUUAUUACGGCUCCUCCACCAACAUGAAAGAUCACCAGGUUUCCAAUACCACUCUGCUGAACACCCAGACUCCUAUCUACGCAACUGAGCACAAUAAUGAAAAUACCGACUUUAGUGACUCGGGAAGGCUUUAUUAUUGCAAACACUGUGACUUUAACAACAAAUCUGCCCGGAGCGUCAGCACCCACUACCAGCGCAUGCACCCAUACAUUAAGUUCAGCUUCAGGUACAUCUUGGACCCCAACGAUCACAGUGCAGUGUACCGGUGCCUGGAAUGCUACAUUGAUUACACCAACUUCGAAGACCUGCAGCAGCAUUACGGCGAACACCACCCAGAAGCCAUGAAUGUCCUCAACUUUGACCAUUCGGACCUGAUCUACCGGUGUCGGUUUUGUUCCUACACAAGCCCGAACGUCCGAAGCCUGAUGCCACAUUACCAAAGAAUGCAUCCCACCGUGAAGAUUAACAAUGCCAUGAUCUUUUCGAGCUACGUGGUGGAGCAGCAGGAGGGGCUAGGCACGGAAUCCCAGACGCUGCGGGAGAUCCUGAAUUCGGCUCCGAAGAACAUGGCCACGUCCACUCCCGUGGCCCGUGGUGGCGGUAUGCCAGCUCCAUUCCCCAAAAACACUCCUUCCAAGACCUUUCCUCCAGAAUGUGAAAAUCAGAAGGACCCCUCGGUCAACACCGUGGUCGUGUACGACUGUGACGUUUGCUCCUUCGCGAGUCCGAACAUGCACUCUGUGUUGGUUCAUUAUCAGAAGAAACACCCAGAAGAAAAGGCUUCCUACUUUAGGAUCCAGAAAACCAUGCGAAUGGUGUCUGUGGACAGGGGCUCUGCCCUUUCUCAGUUAUCAUUUGAGGUGGGUGCUCCAAUGUCUCCCAAAAUGUCCACCAUGGGUUCCCCACCCCCCCCACAACCCCCGCCAGACCUCAGUACUGACCUUUACUACUGCAAACACUGUUCCUACAGCAAUCGGUCAGUUGUGGGCGUCCUUGUCCACUACCAGAAAAGACACCCAGAAAUAAAGGUUACUGCCAAAUAUAUCAGACAGGCUCCUCCCACAGCUGCAAUGAUGAGAGGGCCGGAGGGGCCCCAUGGCUCCCCCCGGUCAUCCGCCCCUAUGCAACAGCUCAACCGGAGCAGCUCCGAGAGAGAUGGCCCUCCCGUGGAGAAUGAGAUGUUUUUUUGCCAGCACUGUGAUUACGGGAACCGGACGGUCAAAGGUGUCCUCAUUCAUUAUCAGAAGAAGCACCGAGACUUCAAGGCCAACGCGGACGUGAUCCGGCAGCACACGGCCACCAUCCGAAGCCUCUGCGACCGCAACCAGAAGAAGCCUGCCAGCUGCGUGCUGCUCUCCCCAUCGGGUGUGGAGCGGGACAAAACAAAAUUGCGAGCGCUCAAGUGUAGGCAGUGCUCGUACACCUCCCCCUACUUUUAUGCCCUGAGGAAGCAUAUCAAGAAAGACCACCCAGCCCUGAAGGCCACGGUCACGUCCAUCAUGCGAUGGGCAUUUCUAGAUGGCUUGAUAGAAGCUGGCUACCACUGCGAGUGGUGCAUCUAUUCCCAUACAGAGCCAAGUGGUUUGCUCCUACAUUACCAAAGGAGGCACCCCGAGCAUUACGUGGAUUACACCUACAUGGCCACGAAGCUCUGGGCGGGGCCAGACCCGUCCCCUCCCUCUCUCACUAUGCCAGCUGAAGCCAAAACGUACAGAUGCAGAGACUGUGUUUUCGAAGCCCUCUCCAUCUGGGACAUCACCAAUCACUACCAAGCAUUCCACCCUUGGGCCAUGAACGGGGACGAGUCGGUGCUGCUGGAUAUCAUCAAGGAGAAAGAUGCCGUGGAGAAUCCCAUGCCUUCCUCUGAAGACCUGGUGGGCCCUGUGAGUUGUGAAAACAGCCUGCCCGGCCCGCUCCCUGAGCAGGAAGGCGAAUGCCCCGAGGAUGCCAGGCUUUCCCCUGAAAAGACCAUCCAGCUUGCCUCAGCUAACCCCGCCAUCUCCUCCACCCCAUACCAGUGUACCGUGUGUCAGUCUGAAUAUAACAACCUGCAUGGCCUCCUGACCCACUAUGGGAAGAAGCACCCAGGCAUGAAGGUGAAGGCUGCCGACUUUGCCCAGGACAUCGAUAUCAACCCCGGCGCUGUCUACAAAUGCAGGCACUGCCCUUAUAUCAACACCCGCAUCCACGGGGUCCUGACCCACUACCAGAAGCGACAUCCGUCCAUCAAGGUGACCGCAGAGGACUUCGUGCACGACGUGGAGCAGUCCACGGAUAUAGCCCAGAACGACGUAGAGGAAACGAGCAGGAUCUUCAAGCAAGGGUAUGGUGCCUACCGCUGCAAACUGUGUCCCUACACACACGGCACUUUGGAGAAGCUCAAGAUCCACUAUGAGAAGUACCACAACCAGCCGGAAUUCGAUGUCUUUUCCCAGUCGCCCCCGAAGCUGCCCAUGUCCCUCGAGCCGGAGAUAACCACUGAAGUGAGCCCCUCCCAGGUAUCGGUGACCGAGGACGAGGCGGGAGAGGAGCCCGUGUCCACGUCUCACUUCGCUACCUCGCACCUGGUGUCCCACACUGUGUUCCGGUGCCAGCUCUGCAAGUACUUCUGCUCCACGCGGAAGGGCAUCGCCCGGCACUACCGCAUCAAACACAACAACGUGCGCGCCCAGCCCGAGGGCAAGAACAACCUCUUCAAGUGCGCCCUCUGUGCCUACACCAACCCCAUCCGCAAAGGGCUGGCUGCCCACUACCAGAAGCGCCACGACAUCGACGCCUACUACACCCACUGCCUGGCGGCCUCCAGAACCAUCAGCGACAAGCCCAACAAGGUGAUCAUCCCGUCGCCGCCCAAGGAUGACUCCCCGCCACUCAGCGAAGAGCUGCGGCGCGCCGUGGAGAAGAAGAAGUGCUCUCUCUGCGCCUUCCAGUCCUUCAGCAAGAAGGGCAUCGUGUCCCAUUACAUGAAGCGCCACCCGGGGGUCUUCCCCAAGAAGCAGCACGCCAGCAAGCUAGGGGGCUACUUCACCGCGGUCUACGCCGACGAGCACGAGAAGCCGCUGCUGAUGGAAGAUUCGGAAGAGAGAGGCGCCUUCGAGAAAGCCGAGAUGGAAGGAAACGAAGGGCAGGACAUCGAGUGGCUCCCGUUCCGCUGCAUCAAGUGCUUCAAGCUGUCCUUCAGCACGGCCGAGCUGCUGAGCAUGCACUACACCGACCACCAUAGCCGGGACCUCAAGAGGGACUUCGUCAUCCUGGGCGGCGGCCCCCGGCUGCAGGGCUCCGCCUACCAAUGCAAGCAUUGCGAGAGCAAACUGCAGAGCACCGCCGAGCUGACCUCGCACUUGAACAUUCACAAUGAGGAAUUCCAGAAGCGUGCCAAACGUCAGGAGAGGCGGAAACAGCUUUUGAGCAAGCAGAAAUAUGCAGAUGGUGCUUUUGCAGAUUUCAAACAAGAGAGGCCUUUUGGUCACUUAGAAGAGGUGCCAAAGAUCAAGGAGAGGAAGGUGGUGGGCUACAAGUGUAAAUUCUGUGUGGAAGUGCAUCCGACGCUCCGAGCCAUCUGCAACCACCUCCGCAAGCACGUCCAGUACGGCAGCGUCCCCUCCGUGUCCGCCGCCGUGAAGGGGCUGCGUUCUCAUGAGAGGAGCCAUCUGGCCCUGGCCAUGUUUACCCGCGAGGACAAGUACAGCUGCCAGUAUUGCUCCUUUGUUUCUGCUUUCAGGCACAAUUUGGAUCGCCAUAUGCAAACCCACCACGGACACCACAAACCAUUCCGAUGCAAACUCUGCUCCUUCAAAUCCUCCUACAACAGCCGGCUGAAGACACACAUCCUCAAAGCUCAUGCUGGUGAGCACGCCUACAAGUGUUCGUGGUGCUCCUUUUCCACCAUGACAAUCAGCCAGCUGAAGGAACACUCCCUCAAGGGCCACGGAAAAGCCCUGACCCUCCCCAGGCCGCGGAUUGUCAGCCUCCUCUCCUCGCACGCCCACCACGCCUCCCAAAAAGCCAGCCCGGCCGAAGAAGUGGAAGAUUCCAAUGACUCAUCCUACUCUGAGCCUCCAGAUGUUCAGCAGCAGCUGAACCACUAUCAGUCCGCUGCUCUGGCGAGAAACAACAGCCGUGUGAGCCCCGUGCCUCUUUCUGGGGCCGCGGGGGGCGCUGAGCAGAAAACAGAAGCCAUUCUUCACUGCGAAUUCUGUGAAUUCUCCUCUGGCUAUAUCCAGAGCAUCAGGCGCCACUACAGGGACAAGCACGGAGGGAAGAAGCUCUUCAAGUGCAAAGACUGCUCCUUUUACACAGGCUUUAAAUCUGCUUUUACUAUGCACGUGGAAGCCGGGCAUUCGGCGGUCCCCGAGGAGGGCCCCAAAGAUCUCCGCUGUCCUCUCUGCCUCUAUCACACCAAAUACAAACGCAACAUGAUCGACCACAUUGUGCUGCACCGAGAAGAGCGGGUUGUCCCCAUUGAAGUGUGCCGGUCCAAACUGUCCAAAUACUUGCAGGGAGUAGUUUUCCGCUGUGAUAAGUGUACCUUCACCUGCUCCAGUGACGAGAGCCUCCAGCAGCACAUAGAAAAGCACAAUGAACUGAAACCUUACAAGUGCCAGCUCUGCUACUAUGAGACCAAGCAUACGGAGGAACUGGACAGCCACCUUCGGGACGAGCAUAAGGUAAGCCGAAACUUUGAGCUAGUUGGACGGGUUAACUUGGAUCAGCUGGAACAGAUGAAGGAGAAGAUGGAGAGUUCCAGCAGUGAUGAUGAAGACAAGGAAGAAGAAAUGAACAGUAAGGCUGAUGACAGAGAUCUCUUGAGAUUUUCUGACCGUGGGGCUGCUAUCAACACUGAGAAGCGUUUUCCGUGUGAAUUUUGCGGACGGGCGUUUUCCCAGGGCUCUGAGUGGGAAAGGCACGUGCUGAGACACGGCAUGGCAUUGAAUGACACCAAGCAGGUGAGCCGAGAAGAAAUCCACCUGAAGGGUAACAUGGAGGACAGUAUUAAGAUGCCCUCUAUAGAGGAAAAGGAAGAUGAUGAAGCAAUCGGGCUAGACUUUUCCCUAAAGAACGAACCAGUAGCCAUCUGUGUCGUAGCUGCUGACAAAUCUCUCCUGGAGAAUGCGGAGGCCAAAAAAGAAUAA